GCGCAGCGGCAGAUCUGCUGCUCGCGCAGGCCUCGGCGACGCGGGAAAGCAUUAUCGACGACCCCGACCUGGCCGCGCCGGCGCAAGGCGCAGCGGCAGAUCUGCUGCUCGCGCAGGCCUCGGCGACGCUGGAACGCACUAUCGACGACCCCGACCGGCCCAGCGCCAACCAACGUGCGGCCGCGCCCGCGCUGACGGCCCAGCAGGCGGAGGGCUCCCCAGGCAGUGCCUUCCAACGACUGCUGCCGGCCCCAAAGGAGGAGCACCUGGAGCGCACCUGCUGCCUGCGCCGCGCCAGCAACGCCCAGCGGCGUUGCGCGCUUGCGACCCAGAAAUCCCCCCUUGCCCUAUGUCGCGGGCCGCCCGGAACUGGGCAGACCAAGGUCGCGGCCUGCGUGGCGGACGCCUACAUGUCGCGCCUCGCCCCGGGGUGGGGCGUAGGGCGCUUUGGCGGCGCUGCCGGAUCCACGGGCAAUUUGGCAGAGCAAAUCGGGAAGAGCCUGAACCCGGCCAACAGCGACCUGUUCCCUCGCCUGGCCGUGCGCCUCGCGCACGAGUACGCCAAGAUGUACAACAUAUCGGAGGGCGAGGUCACCGCGGGGCGUGCGAACUGGUUCCACAAGUUCCGAGCGGAAGUCGCGACUGAAGCAGAGCUCACCUUGGCCGCGCACGAGGCGGGGGCCGACCUCUGGGACAAGCAGUUCCUCAUAUGUCUCCUGGUCGAAGCAGGACAGACGUCCGAACCCAUGGCCAUCGUGUCCCUG